UCGAAAAAAGUGGAGUAGUGUAACAAAAAUAUCGCAUGGUUUUUCUAAAUUUUCAACUUUAAUCGUUUAUUCACAAUGAAUGGUUUAUCGUUAAGGGUCUCAUCAAUACGGACAAAUGAAAACUACAAAAAGAAUUCAGAUUUACGCAUGGAUUUAUUCAAAGUGCCUUCUACAUACUUUGGUAGUAAACUCGAGAAUAAAUAUAUUUCUGGAAUAGCUGAUGCCACAACCGUGGACGAGCAGAUAAAAAUUAUAAAGGAGUACUCUGCUCAUGUUACCGACAUGGAAAAAACACUACUAGUGAAUGUUCAAAUUUUGGCAGACCUAUUCAUGGAGGCUCCUUUGAAACAUGCUGUAAAAAAUUCAAUAUCAAAAUUUUUGAGCCAAAUAAGUUUAGGAAAAGAAUUCGUAGUAACUGGAUUGACUAACUCCAUCAAAAAUCGCAUUCAAACUUUUGAUGGACAAAACAACACAUUGGCUGGGCGCAACAGUUUGAUCAAUAGCAUUGGAAGUUGUUUUGACAAUUUCAAAGUCGGUGUCGAUGCGAUUCGUUGUUGUCUACAGGACAUUCUGAGUUUCAUGAACAAAUCGCUAGGAUUAUACAUUGAGCAGCUGAGUCGCAAUAUUUCACCAUCCGACAAAAGUGAAAUAAGCCUCUUCAUACAUUCUACUUUUCGGGUAGUUAUAUCAUGUUUCAAUCAAUUUGCUUCUACCAUCCGGAGUACUUAUGAAGGAGAGAAGAAUGUGGAAAAGGUGAUUUUGAUUUGUUGGGACAUGUUGGAUAACCCAGAAAUCCCGAUGGACACCAAAAUCAACUGUGGGAUUUUGAUAACCAUGAAUGCAAAUUUGGAACAAAGGUAUAGCAGACUAACGGAACGAAUAUUUGCUGAAGAUAAUUCUACAAAAAAGCUAUGUUUACUCAAUGGUGUGAUAUGUACUAUUGAGCCCGACUUUUUCGGAGAGCCAGAGUUCAAAGGUUUCACUAUAUUUUCGAAAACUGCUAAAGUCCUGAAGGAAAUCUACGAGGAGAACUCAAUUGAACCAAGCAUUGUUCUUGGUAUCACAAGAGGUUAUUCGCAAAUGACCAAAAAGCUUUUGGCUACUCCUGUCGACGGUUAUCUGAAACGGGAACAUCGUGAGCUGAUCGAAAUUCUAUCGAUCAAUUUAGGUUAUUCUUUGUCGCAUUUGGAUCACUAUAUGGACAGUGUUAGACAUCUUUGCAAGGAGCUGUUAAAAAUGACUAUACAACUGGGCGUUAAAGUGAAUGAUCAACUAAACCACAUCAUAUAUGAUUAUAUCCGGAAUGUCAACAUAAACAUAAGCACAAAAUGUAUACUGAUAAGCUCAAUUUGCUGCAUAGUCAAAGCCAAGGCUGUUCUUCUCGCCGUUCCCAAUGUCAUCGAGUUUUUGCUGAAGUCUCUAGCUGUGAAUGACAAAGGGAACGUGAACUUGCACAUCAAUAAUUGCUAUGAAACAUUGAUGAUGUCGUACAGCUAUGAUGAGAACAAACAGGAGUGGUUCAACAAAUGGAUAAACCCUAUACUGGUUGAGAUAACCAAAAACGAAAAUCAUGCCGAAGUGAAACAAACUUUAUUUGAUCUUAUACGGAAAGCAAUUAAGACAUAUCCAGAAAUUGCUAUCUACAUGAUCAACAGCAAUACCACUAUCAAUUUUGGGUUGAUAUUAACCUCUUUAGGCAUAGCUAAGAAAAGCGGUCUUUUCGAUAAAGUCGAGUCAAACAACCUUAAAUGGAAGAAUUUACUAUCUUACAAAGAUAUUAAACUGGCUAUGGUUUCAGCAGAUGAUUCCACGAGACUAUCUGCAUUACAUCUGCUUACUGAGUGUCAUAAAAGUACUGAGCUUUUUACAAACGAGGAUCUGGAAUGUAUUUUAUUUUUUCUCGAAAAUAAUAUCAACGUCCAAGCUCCCUCAACGAGGCAAAAAAUAACUAGCUACAUGAAAAAUGCGCUCAACAGAUUGAAAUCCGGAUUUCUGAGUAUAAUUAAGAAAUCUGACACGGAUGGCAAAAGUCACUUUUAUUAUGAUUUCGUCAAAAGGUUGCAUCACUUUUGCAUAGACAGUCUGUUUGUUGGAGCUAACUACAGUAGACGAACAAUAUCUUUCCAAAUACUUAUACAACUUUUGCAAAUCGCUAGCUACAUAUUCUAUGACGAUGAGAGUUUCAGCAUGUGGAACGAGAAUCAAGUUUAUAACUUGCUCAAUUCAUUGAACGACAGCUACGAGGCUAACAAGGCAAAUUGCAUAAACGUUUUAUUCUAUUGUCCAAAGUAUUAUUUUGAGCGAUUUGAUUAUCUUAUAAAUUAUCAAAUAGUAAAAGUACUUAUGACUAGUAUAAAACCGAAUGACUCGAUAUCAGCAGCGUAUUAUCUGGAGUAUCUCUGCUUCAUCAACACUAAUACAGAAGUACCCUACACGAGCGAUGAAUCUACUCACAUUCAACCAAAAGUUUACCGAACACUUCUUUGGUGUGAUCAGAUUCUUCAGCACGGAUUGCUGAUGGCCAAGGCAUCAUUACUACGUGCAGCUCGUGAAAAUCCAUUGUUUGGUUCUCUCAUCUGCAUACGCCAUUUGUUGAGUAAAGUGGACCUUCGACAAAUUUGCCAGUGUGAGCUUUGGAUUAAGUAUGUGCUGAAACUCAUUGAAACCUGCCGUGAAAUAUCGAAAAUAGUAGUUGUUGUAGUAAACAGUUCAUCUCCUGAGGGACACUUGCCAAACGAUUUCAGUUCGAUUGAGAAUUAUGGUUUUGAUGAGGACGUCGAAAUGCAAGCAGAAGAAACGAACGAAGAAGUCGCUGCCGAAGAACUUAGCGAUCUGAAAACAACUCCUCAGAUGCUACUUCUUUGCUCGUGGCGGACAGUCAAAGAAAUUUCUCUGAUACUGGGAGACCUAGCAUUCAAAGCUCCCAUUGCUAAAGUUCAGCAAUCUAUAGUAAAUGAUUCUCCAGAGAAUGAUACCGUUGGUUUGUUGAGCUGUGAACAAAUCAUAGAAAUAGGAGACCAUUUCAUUGAACUUCUGUCCGAGACCAAGCAUAGAGGAGCUUUUGAGCAAGCAUAUGUUGGAUUUUCAAAACUCUGCAUACGCCUUUGGGGUUCGUCUCACACUGAGCUGCACCAGCUUCCAAUGAAAUGGCUGGAAGAGAUACUGAGCACCAUAAGCGGCGAUGAAAACAGUAUCGAAAACAACAACAGUGAAUUGAGAACGGAAAAGAUUUGUUCCACAAGACGAAGUGCUGGGUUACCCUACAUGAUGCAAGCUCUUAUCACUUCGGAACUCCAAGUUAGCACCUCGAAGGGUUUACAAUUCUCCAUGCGAAAAUUGAUUGAACUGUGCCGGGUUGGAUCGACGGCUCAAACCCGUACACAUUCUUUAAACAUUCUGCGAGCUUUGUUCCGUUCUACAGAUCUAGGAGAAGCCAUCGGGGAAUUCGUAUCAGACGGAAUUGAGUGCGCCAUUAACGGAUACGAUGCAGAAUCAUGGUCGGAAAGGAAUUCCUCAACUCUUCUGUUUUCUUCACUAAUGAUAAGAGUGUUCGGUGUGCAGCGAACCAAAGAUUCAGAUAAUUUGAAUAUCCGCAACAAAAUGACUGGAAGGAUAUUUUUCCUGAGAUAUCCUCAACUGUAUGAUUUUUUCAUAAACGAAUUGGAGAAAGCUAGCCAAAUUGUCAUGAACGGUGCUAGGAGCAAAAAGUUGCAUCCUCUUCUGCUACUGCUCAGCCGCCUGUAUCCUUCAGCACUGGAAGGCAGUGAAUCUAACUUGAAGUUAUCCCGUUUCGUACCCAUAGUUUCCAUUUGUUCUGGCUGUGCUGAGCUACAGACACGUUAUCUAGCUGCAAAAUUCAUAGCCAUCAUCGUGUCCCCGGAUUUGGUUUUCGAUCGGAUAUUCCUGCUGCUCGAGAGUUUGAACCGUUCUAAUAACAAAGGCAUCAAUCCUAAUUCGGUGCAUGGUGCACUGUUGCAAAUAUUGUAUUUGAUCAAAACGCGCAUACUCGGUGUCAUGCCAGAAUCCAGUAAUCAAAUCAACAACUGGAUUGAACUAUACACAGCUAUUUCGAAUUAUUUGUUUGAAGUCAAGCCAAAUUUCAUACUGUAUGGAGCUAUUUUGGACAUACUGAUAGAAAUUUUAGCGAGAUGUCAAAAUAUGAUAUUUGCCGAGGAUGAUCAGUUUCUGGAUGAUCUGAGCAACAUCGUAGAUUAUUUGUUCAAUCUUACCAAGCAAAAUUCUUUCUACGGAAGUGAACAAAUUAUGAAGAAAGUAGUACUGAUCAAACUUGUUAUGUACAUGUACAAUGAUGACGAAAAUAUAGCAAGCGAUUGUUUUCUCUGUAAUAUUGAUCCCACAAAGUUUAGCUACGACUACAUUGAAUCAAUGAUGAAUAUCAUUCUUUUGAUAAUGGACUUUGAAGAUAUCAGCAAUAAUGCCGAUAGUUUCGAUUUGGACAAAAUGGAACUAUUCUACGUUAGUCAUCUAAGUGAAUGUAAACGAGCCAAGGUUAAAGCACUUAGAAAUGAAUUCUCCAAAUCAAGCAAAAUUCAUCAUUACCUAAAAUCUAUUAUCAAGCAGAAUUUGCAAUAUAGCUGCACUGUGAAGGCCUACACCAUUUUAAGUUACAACGUCGCUGGUAUACAGGUAUUGCUUGAUAACAAAAACUAUAAGGACAAUUUGAAAGCUUUACUCGAGUCUGCAAUUUGUAAACCAGAUCAGUUAAAGUCAAGCAUUUUCAAAUGUGUGAAAUGCAUCUACCAAGCAGAUAUAAAAGUUCUGGAAAAUGCUACUGACAUCGAUAUUCUGCCUAUGAUGGCAUCAGCUAUUCAGUGUAGCAGUGUGAGGACAACAACGGUUCAAAUUCUAAGAAUUAUGUCAAGACGAUUUUGUGAGUCGAAAUCUUUCGAAUUUCUCUGUAACUUCAGUCGAACUUUGCUAGUGCUGCUCAGAGAUGAUGAAUCGGAUAUUCGCGAUAGCGCUGCUCGCAUUGUAUCAUUUCUAUACAACCAUUCCGAAAAAACUAAGAUAGAACCGCUUCUAUCAUCAUAUGCCCCCAAAGUAUACCUCCAACAGUUGACGAAAACAAUGCUUGGUCAAAAAUUCUCUUUGAAUCAUGUCCUCGCUGUGAUCAUCAUAAUAAUGAGCUACGAAAUUGAAACCGAAGAUGAAGAUAGUUUUAUUGAAGAAUCAGAAAUACGUGUAUUCGACAAAAAUGAAAUGAACGUUUACGGAGAGUCGUUUGCUUUGCAAGAGCAUUGUAGGGUUGAAGUCAAUAACUUGGUGACACGCCAUAAUCUACAUAUCGAUGCCGAUGCCGAUAAGAUCAUCAAAAUUGCUGAGAAAUAUUGUAAUCAUAAGAACACACUGCGCGUCUGCCUGGCUGAUGCUCAAAAACCUGCCAAACUAGUUGAUAUAACAAGUGAAAAACAGUUGUUGUAAAUUUCAUAGAAUAGGACUGCAAGCAUUUUAAACUUCAACAUGGAUGCCGUGUAAUUCCGUAUAUUUUCUAUAUUGUUUGAAAAAGCCGAUCGUCAUAAUUAAAGUAAAAGUUUCAAAAAACCAUCUGUAUAGUCACCUUGGGAUAAAAGGUUUACAAAAACGAAUAUUUUAUUAUAAACAUUCAAUUGCAUUGAAAUUCCUCUGUUCUUAGAUAGUCUCCUACAUAUAACCGAGCGCUUGAAAAGUGAAGUUAUAAAGGCAUAUGUUUGAAUUCUGUGAUUUCGUUUAGAUGUAAUUUUAUCAAUGUUUCAUUGGUUGUAUUCUGUUUGAAUGAAAAUUCAAUACAAGAAAUGUAUUGAACCAUUCAAUGACAUCUUCCAGCUUUAGUUCGUUGAAGUAUGUACAAUAGUAAUCAGGUAUCGUUCAUAAACAUACCUUAAUAUGUCAUGAUUUGAAAUAGAAAAUCAUUUGUGAAAAUCA